AUGUUGUUGCCAAAGGGUGGUGUGAAUUGGAAGUCGGCCAAGGCCAGACUGCCACCAUGGAGGGCAAUCGUGGUCUUAUUAACAAGGACUCGAUUCUUGGUCACUAUAGCCCUCGCUGGGUUGCUCCUCCUGAUGUGGCGCGGCGUCAGCAAGUCGGCCUCCGAGAUGCAAAAUUUCUACUGCUAUGGAUCCAACAAAUCACCCAUGCAGAUGUCCCUCAACGAGAUGGUUGAGUGGAAUGCGCAUGCCCAAACCCCCGUCCUCUUCAACCGCCACGAACCUUACGAAGUCAACUCCACCUCCAUCGACGACGUAGACCUGAACCCCAUCAAAUCCACCAUCCAGGCCAUUCAGAACCGUGAACGUGUCCUGAUCUUGACUCCUCUCCGCGACGCCGCUCCUUACCUGGCUAAAUAUUUCGACCUCUUGUACAAGCUGACCUACCCGCACGAAUUGAUCGAUCUGGCCUUCCUUGUUGGUGACUGCAAGGACGAUACCCUUGCCAACCUCGCCUCCGAACUGGAUCGUAUCCAGAACCACGCCGAUGAGAAGGUUCGCUUCCGCAGCGCCACCGUGAUUCGGAAGGAUUUCGGUGCCGACACCGAGAUGAGUGUGGAGGAGCGCCAUUCGUUCAAGGCUCAGGGCCCUCGCCGCAAGGCUAUCGGCCGCGCUCGCAACUAUCUCCUCUACUCCGCUCUGAAGGCGGAUCACUCUUGGGUUUACUGGCGGGACGUGGAUAUCGUGGACUGCCCCGAGCGUAUCCUCGAGGACUUCAUGGCCCACGAUAAGGACAUUCUCGUGCCCAACAUCUGGUUCCACCGCUACAGAGAUGGUGUUGAUAUUGAGGGUCGCUUCGACUACAACUCAUGGAUCGAGUCCGAUAAGGGCCGCCGCCUGCGCGCAACUCUGCCUACCGACACUGUCCUAGCCGAAGGCUACAAGGAGUACGAUACUGGCCGCACCUACCUCGUCAGCAUGGGCGACUGGCGCAAGAACAAAGACGAGGAGGUGGAGCUUGACGGCAUUGGCGGUGUUAACAUCCUUGUCAAGGCCGAUGUCCACCGCACCGGCAUCAACUUCCCCGCUUACUCGUUCGAGAACCAGGCCGAGACAGAAGGCUUCGCUCGUAUGGCCAAGCGCGCUGGAUACCAGGUGAUCGGACUGCCCAACUACGUGGUCUGGCACAUUGAUACAGACGAGAAGCCUGGCAACCUUUGA